UGUAAGAGUGUCAGUUAGAAAUUAGAUUUCGCGGAACGCUUUACUUCAGACUACUAUUUAAAAUGCUAAUAUAUAUAUGAAUAUAUGAUUAUUAAGCAGUCUUAUACUCACUGUGGUCUGAUAUACCGGGUUCUACUAUUUUCGGCUAAUUCAAGGAAAAAUUUACACUAUUAUCGUUUCCUAAAUUCAAUUCCAUACAUAAUGUCUGACGAAAUUACCAAUUAUUUUAAUGUUGCUGUGGAUUUAGUGAAAAAUGCGGGAAACCUUAUAAGUGAGUUUCGAUCAGGGUGUAAAGUUUUCGAAGUUAAAUCGUCGGAUAUUGAUUUAGUAACAGAAAUAGACAAGAAAGUCGAGGAAACUCUUAUAGGGGGCUUAUCGAAGAGUUUUCCCAGUCACAAGUUUAUUGGGGAAGAAUCUGUUGCCAGCGGAGACAAAUGUAUACUUUCAGACGAUCCUACAUGGAUAAUCGACCCCGUCGAUGGAACCCUUAAUUUUAUUCAUGGCUAUCCUUGUAGCUGCAUAUCUGUUGGUCUGGCCAUAAACAAAAAGGUUGUUGCUGGUAUCAUAUACAAUCCUGUCUUAAACCAAUUAUUCACAGCUAUUGAAGGUAAAGGUGCUUUCCUUAACAGUACACCUAUACAUGUCUCCCAGGUCAAGGAGCUGAGAAAUGCUCUAAUAUCAUUUGAAGCUGGGACUAGUCGUGACGAAGAGAGACAGAAACUGGUGUUAGAGAAUUUUAAAUUAAUAACUACAAAGGGACAAGGUGUCAGAUGUUUAGGAUCUGCGGCUUUAAAUAUGGCCAUGGUUGCAAUGGGAGGUUCAGAUGCGUACUUUGAGUUUGGCAUACAUGCUUGGGAUAUAGCGGCUGGAGACAUUAUCAUUAGAGAGGCCGGUGGAGUCUGUAUUGAUCCUGCCGGAGAACCUCUCGAUCUACUGUCCAGGAGAGUUUUGUGUGCCUCAACUCCCGAACUUGCCCAAGAAUUAGCCAAAUCUCUUAAACAGUUUUAUCCCGAGCGAGAUUAAAUCGUUUUUAAAAUGCAUUUUACUUGUUCCUGUAUUAUGUAUUCUGUGUUGUAUACUUUUAAUGUGAUGUUAAAUAAAAUGUGUAAUCUCAUUAAUAUAUAUGUUUUUAAAUAUUCAGAA